AUGAGGCCCAUGACGAGCCCACUGCUCCUCUCCCCAUCCCCUUGCCGUCUCCUCCGCCGCCUCUUCUCCCGCGCCCCUCGCCGCCGGAACCCUACGACACCGCGGCCCCUCGGCCGCCGCCUCCCAGCCUCCAUGUCCUCCUCCAGCGCCAGGGCCCCCGACUCCGUCGUCGCAGACGCCGACGCGCUCGCUCGCAAGGUCGCCGCCAUCCGCGCCGCCGGCCCAGCUAAGCUGCAGGUGAUUUCCGACUUCGACGGCACGCUCACUCGGUACUGGUACGACGGCUCCCGCGGCCAGAGUAGCCAUGGGCUGCUCAGACAGGGGAAUGAAGAGUUCGACGCCAAGAGGGAGGCGUUGUUCGAGCAUUACCACCCCAUCGAGAUCAACCCCGACAUCCCGCUGCUGGAGAAGGCCAAGCUCAUGGAAGAAUGGUGGGGGAAGACUCAUGGUCUCCUUAUUGAAGGGGGGCUUACACAAAAUGCUAUAAAGAAAUCGGUGGCUGAUGCUGCAAUUGCUUUUCGAGAUGGAGUGGUGGAGCUGUUUGAAUUUUUGGAGGUUUUAUUUCCUUUCUAA